UAAAUUUUCACAAGUAAAUUUUAGUGGUCUGGUGAAUUCCUUUAUUAUUUGCUGCAGGAGCUUGGAAAAUAGGAUGGAAACCUGCUAGAAAGCUGCAUUGUGUCCUUAAAGUGGGGUUUAACACUGGUUUUCAAGACAGGAACUUAUAGGGUGCCCUGAGUGAUUUAAUGGAAAUGGUCUUCGACAGUGAUUUUAAAGACUGUGUGUUUGGGGACUGAGAGGUGACUGAUAAGUGUGUGUGAUCUGCAUAUACCAAUUUCUUUUAUCAAUUGAAUACAAAUUGAAGACAAAAGGAUAGUCAAUUCAGAGGUGAUCUGGUAGGAUUUUGUUGCACCCUCCCUCCCCACAAAUACUGGGCUUCUUACCUAGAGAUAGCGGGCUAAUUCCGAACUCUGUUAUAAUCAGUGAUGUUCAUCCCUUUGCUGCAGAAAGGUUUGCGAGUCUACUCUGUGGGGACAGGAUAAACAGGGCAUCUCACACAGUAACCCACUGCUUUUUGAGACUGUGUAUAGGUACUGUUGUGACCAAUUAAAGGCUGAGGAGUUAAAAACCGCGCACUGUGACAAAAUGGGAGGAACCACUCACUGUCUUUGCCUCACUUCUCUGAGUGAUCACUUCCCUUUAGUUCAGCCUUUGCUGCUGCUGUUCUGGGGAGCAAGUGACUCAAGGUGUUUAUCGUUUGCAUGGUUAUUUCCCCCCGCCCCCAUCUUUUUACCUAUAUCUUAUUUAUGUCUUUUUAAAAAAAAUAGGUUUCCUAUAGACUGCAUGUUGGGUUUUGCAUGUUUAGGUAAUCUCAAUCUCUCAAUGUCUUUUAUAGGGUUUGUUGUGUAUUUUCUGUUCUAGGUGUUUUCUGGGGGUUUUUUUUGUAUAUUUUUAUUCAAUGAUCAUGAACUGAGUAAGGAUCCUGUCCUAGGCCUUGUGUUGGGGCUGCUGACACAGACAAGGAGCUCACAAACUAGUUGGGAGAGACUGACGCUAAGUAAAUGCAGCAACAGAGUGAGGUGGCUGCUAAGGAAGAAGUGUAGACUAGAAACCUUAGGGGAACAAGGAGAUGUGGGGAGAAAGAGGGCCGUCAGGAUAUUAUUGAGGGAAAGGUGGGCGAAGAAGAGUGUUAGAGGCAGAGUGCUCAGUGUGAACAAAGACGUGUGUGUCUGGUAGGUGCCAGGGUUUAGGAAACUGCAAGUAAUUCAGUGUGACUGGGCUGUGGGGGAUUAAGCCCUGCUAAGAAGGUUGGAAUUUGUCCUAAAGGCCUCAGACAGUACCUGAUGGGGUAGAUAGUAGGAGCCAAAGCUGUUUUUUCCCCAUUGGAAGUCUGUCUCCCACCCCUGACUUGCCCCCAUCUCCUGCAUCGAGUCCUAUUGCAGGCUGUCGUCCACACCGGUGUGAAAGGAGCUAUUUGCCAUGGAAGCCCGGGAGAGCACGGCGUCCACCUAUCAGUUCAUGUCCGAGGCCAACCAGCCCAGGGAGGAAGAUGAUAGCAUGGCACCUCGAGGGACCACAGAAACUAUGCAGCUGAAGAAGGAGAUCUCUCUGCUGAAUGGGGUCAGCCUGGUGGUGGGCAACAUGAUCGGCUCAGGAAUUUUUGUCUCACCCAAGGGCGUUCUGGUACACACGGCUUCCUACGGGUUGUCGCUGGUCAUAUGGGCCAUUGGCGGGCUUUUCUCUGUUGUGGGUGCCCUUUGCUAUGCAGAACUGGGGACCACCAUCACCAAAUCUGGGGCCAGCUAUGCUUAUAUUCUAGAGGCCUUUGGGGGCUUCAUUGCCUUCAUCCGCCUGUGGGCCUCCCUGCUAAUCGUUGAGCCCACCAGUCAGGCCAUCAUCGCUAUCACCUUUGCCAACUACAUCAUCCAGCCCUCCUUUCCCACCUGUGAUCCCCCUUACCUGGCCUGCCGUCUCCUCGCUGCUGCUUGCAUAUGUCUGCUGACAUUUGUGAACUGUGCCUAUGUCAAGUGGGGCACACGCGUACAGGAUACUUUCACUUACGCGAAGGUCCUAGCGCUCAUUGCCAUCAUUGUCAUGGGCCUUGUUAAACUGUCCCAGGGACGCUCUGAGCACUUUAAGGAUGCCUUUGAGGGUUCCUCCUGGGACAUGGGAAACCUCUCUCUCGCCCUCUACUCUGCCCUCUUCUCUUACUCAGGUUGGGACACCCUUAAUUUUGUAACAGAAGAAAUCAAAAACCCAGAAAGGAAUCUGCCCCUGGCCAUCGGGAUUUCGAUGCCAAUUGUGACGCUCAUCUACCUCCUGACCAACGUGGCCUAUUACACUGUGCUGAGCAUUUCAGACGUCCUCAACAGCGACGCCGUGGCUGUGACAUUUGCUGACCAGACAUUUGGCAUGUUCAGCUGGACCAUUCCCAUCGCUGUGGCCCUGUCCUGCUUUGGGGGCCUCAAUGCGUCGAUCCUUGCUUCAUCAAGGUUGUUCUUCGUGGGCUCCCGUGAGGGCCACCUCCCAGACCUUCUGUCCAUGAUCCACAUUGAGCGUUUUACACCCAUCCCUGCUUUAUUGUUCAAUUGCACAAUGUCACUCAUCUACCUCAUCGUGGAGGAUGUUUUCCUGCUCAUCAACUACUUCAGCUUCAGCUACUGGUUUUUUGUGGGCCUGUCUGUGGCUGGACAACUCUACCUUCGCUGGAAGGAGCCCGAGCGGCCCCGGCCUCUCAAGCUGAGCCUGUUUUUUCCCAUCGUGUUCUGCAUAUGCUCCUUGUUUCUGGUGAUUGUGCCCCUCUUUGGAGACACCAUCAAUUCCUUCAUUGGCAUUGGGAUCUCCCUCUCCGGAAUCCCCGUCUACUUCCUGGGUGUUUACCUGCCAGAAUCCCGGAGGCCGCUCUUUGUCCGGAAUAUCCUGGCUGCUAUCACCAAAGUCACCCAGAAGAUUUGCUUUUGCGUCCUGACUGAGCUAGAUGUAGCCGAAGAGACAAAGGUUGAGAGGAAAACUGACUAGAGGCCAGAGGUUUCUGACCGUCUGACCUGUCCAUAAGAAGUAAGCUGGCGAGUGAUAAAAUUGAGGAGCUGAUUGG